CCCGGACCUUCGACCCGACCCAACUCGAUCGAACCCGCUGUUAUAUAAUCUUCCAACAGGUUCACAUUUCUCGAUAGGUCCCUGUUUCUUUCUUAUACCACACUCUUCUCAGUUCUCUCGCAUUGUAUAAGAAAGAUGAGCUCACAAAUCUGCAGAUCUGCUUCUAGAGCAGCUACGUCUCUUCUUUCUUCAUCUAAGAAUACUCGUUUCUUCUCCGAAGGCAGAGCCAUUGGUGCAGCAACAGUGGUUUAUGCGUCUGGAAAAGUCCCUCUGUAUGCAUCCAACUUUGGCAAAUCCGGUUCUGCCUUCGCCUCUAAGAAUUGGCUUACCCGACUCCUCGCUCUUCCUGCCGCAGCCUUCAUGCUCCAAGAUCAGGAAGUACUUGCUGCUGAAAUGGAACGCACUUUCAUCGCUAUCAAACCUGAUGGAGUUCAGCGAGGACUGAUAUCAGAAAUCAUUUCCCGGUUCGAACGCAAAGGGUUUAAGCUUGUUGGUAUCAAAAUCAUGGUUCCUUCAAAAGGUUUCGCUCAGAAGCAUUACCAUGCUCUGAAAGAAAGACCUUUCUUCAACGGCUUGUCUAACUUCCUUAGCUCAGGCCCUGUUAUUGCCAUGGUUUGGGAAGGUGAAGGAGUGAUUAGAUACGGACGUAAACUGAUUGGAGCCACUGAUCCUCAGAACUCUGAACCUGGAACUAUCCGAGGCGAUCUUGCGGUUGUUGUUGGAAGGAACAUUAUCCAUGGAAGUGACGGACCAGAGACAGCUAAAGACGAGAUUAGUCUGUGGUUUAAGCCUGAAGAACUCGUUUCUUACACUAACAAUGCUGAGAAGUGGAUCUACGGCCAGAACUGAACUAACCCUGUUUCUCUCUUUUCUUCAGCCGUUAGAUCAAAAAAGCAAAAACAAUCUGAAAUCAUUUUUUUUUUAAUUUUCCUAUGUCUUAUAAACAAUAAAAUGAUGUUACAGAAAAAAAACAAUAAUUACCGUUUUACGUGUAAAAAAGAGUUUGCUACUCUCUCUGAUAAUCUGUUAUGUUAAAUAUACCCAA